GAUUCUGCAGCUACUCAAAAAAAAAGAAAAGGGCGAGGUAAAAAUAAAUGUAAGAAAGUUGCAAAGUUAAAAAGUGGUGAGAAGUUGGAAGUAACUUUCUACAACAAUCGUGCUACUGGAACGAAUCAUAAGACAUUUUCAAGACACUUAGGCAUGAUUGUGCGUGAUCGCAAUAUUUGCCCACUACGUAUUCAUUCAUGAAAAGAAAUUGGGGAAUCAGAGAAGAACCACAUGUGGGCAGCAGUGCUGGACAAGUUUCAGAAUAAGGAUAUGGAGACUUAUCAAGAUGUAACUUUAGAACAUAUGAAUGAACUAUGGAACAAAUGGAGAGGAGACUUGCAUCGUAAAUUUAUAAAGCCGUGCGAGAAUAUGCAGGAGGCCCUAAAGAUUGUUCCAGAAGGUGUACACCGAGAGGAUUGGGAGUGGCUGGUUAAAGAGCAUUUUUUUAGUGAAAAAUUUCUAGCGGCAAGUAAGAGAAACUCAGAAAAUAGAGCCAAACUAUCAAUGCCCCAUCGUACUGGUAGUAAGCCAUUCCGACAAAUUAUUUAUAAAAAGGGAGGCAAAGAUGGUAAUCCACCAAGCUUAGCGACAAUUUUUUUUGAGACUCGAAAAAAAGUGGACAACUUGAAGGAGAUAAUACAAACAAGAAAUAUGUAAGUCUUUGCACUUACUUUUGUUAUAAUUGAUUCUAUUUGUG